AAUCUUGACCUGCAACUUUAGAGGGUGGGUCUCUGAAAGAAUUUCAGAGCUUACACAGAGCUGAGGUGUGUUGCUCUCUGAUGAGAACAAAGCUGGCUGGAGCACUGAGAGUCUGGCUCUGUCUCUUCACAACCAAGGGGCAUCUUUGUGGACUGAAGUUUCAGAAAGAAUGUUUCAGAUGUUUAAAGAAUGGUUUUGGUUGGAAAGAUUCUGGCUUCCUCCAACAAUAAAGUGGUCAGAUCUUGAAGAUCAUGAUGGACUCGUCUUUGUGAAACCCUCUCAUUUAUGUAUGACCAUUCCAUAUGCUUUUGUCUUGAUAAUUAUCAGACAUUUUUUUGAAAAGUUUAUUGCUUCACCUCUAGCAAAAACAAUUGGCAUUAAAGAGGAAGUUCGAAAGAAGAUUAUACCAAAUACUGUUUUAGAGAAUUUUUUCAAACAUUCCACAAGGAAACCAUCUCAAACUGAUAUUUAUGGACUGGCAAAAAAGUGUAACUUGACAGAGCGCCAGGUUGAAAGAUGGUUUAGGAGUCGGCGGAAUCAAGAUAGGCCUUGCAGGAUGAAGAAAUUCCAAGAAGCUUGCUGGCGAUUUACAUUUUACUUAAUGAUUACCAUUGCCGGAAUUGCAUUUCUUUAUGAUAAACCUUGGGUAUAUGACCUUUGGGAGGUUUGGAAUGGCUAUCCUAGACAGCCCUUGCUGCCAUCUCAGUACUGGUACUACAUUUUGGAGAUGAGUUUUUAUUGGUCUCUCUUAUUUAGCCUUGGCUCUGAUAUCAAGAGGAAGGAUUUUCUAGCUCAUGUCAUCCACCACCUGGCUGCUGUUAGUUUGAUGAGCUUCUCUUGGUGUGCUAAUUAUAUUCGCAGUGGGACCCUCGUGAUGAUUUUACACGAUGCGGCCGACAUUUGGCUGGAGUCUGCUAAGAUGUUUUCUUAUGCCGGAUGGAAGCAAACCUGUAACAUCCUGUUUUUCAUCUUCUCCAUCGUAUUUUUCAUCAGCCGCCUCAUUAUUUUUCCCUUCUGGAUUUUGUAUUUCACGCUGAUUCUGCCUCUGCAGUACCUUGAGCCUUUCUUUUCAUGCAUCUUCCUCAACCUACAGCUCAUGGUCCUGCAAAUUCUUAAUCUUUACUGGGGCUACUUCAUCCUGAAGAUGCUCAAAAGAUGUAUAUUCACGAAGAAUAUCCAGGAUGUGAGAAGUGAUGAUGAGGAUGAGUAUGAAGAGGAAGAGGUUGAGGAAGAGAAGGAGGAGAAGGAAGAAGCCACUGAAGGCAAAGAGACAGACGGUUUGAAGAAUGGGCUUGGGGCCAACAGGCACCUCAUUCCCAAUGGUCAGCAUGGCUGUUAGCUUGAAGCCCGCAUAGCUCCUGGUGCACAGUGCGCUGCAAGGGCUGCUGGGAGCCGGAAGUGCUCCCUCCUCCAUUGCUGUAGCCUCAGGACCCACAGGGACCACAGAUUUUGCCCUUCCCUCUUUCUAACCAGCACCUUCCCCCCCACCAAGACGUAUUUAACAAAAUGUUAAUUUGUGUUAAAAUGUUUAAUAUAAGCAUCUCCAUGGAUUUUACUGGAGUUAGGACUCAGAUUUCAAAGAUUUCUCCUGAGAACCCUUCCACUUCUAAUUGUUCCAUUCAUGAAUUUAGACGUUUGGAGCCCACUUUGUUGUAGGCCUUCCCCUUCCCACCUUGCCUGUCCUCAGGAUACUUUGGGAAGUGCUAAGUCAACCCACUUUUUCCAGGUGCGUUUAGCCACAGAGAGCAGCUCAUUUCCCAAAAAUGAGCUAGAAGUGGCAAUGGAAUGGUGGUGGCAGGACCAAACCAGGGGGCCAAGCUUCCAGGGCUCACGGAUCCCUUUCUGCCAUGGGCAGUGUUUAAACCUUCCAUGCCGUGUGCUUCGUCUCUCCGAUGGGAAUAACCAGACCUGCCCUGCCCCCUCACAGGGUUGGAAUAAGGAUCAAAUGAGAUAAUAAUGGAAGUGAGAGUGCAUACUGUAGGCUAUGGUGUUGCUGUUACCUGACCCUCUUUUCACUGUGAUCACAGUCCCGUUUGGGAGAGAAGCCUGGUGAAACUUGGCACUGAACAGGCCUGAACAAAAGGCACAGUCUUGAAGAAUUCCUUUUAAAUGUGUCUGGAAAUACCUAAACAUGCAAGUACCCAGAAAGCUGUUUCCAGUUUAUCUGGUAACUAUUUAUUUGUUAGCUUCCCAAAGGUAAUUCUCAAAUCCCCCAGGUUCUCAUCCCUCAGGUUCCAUGGCCAAGGGGAGGGAGUUUGGGCCCCAUUCCUUCUUGUCCUUUGCUGAUUUCUCACUUAUUUCCUCUCUGAAAGGGACGCUUCCCUGCUGUGGCCCUGAACCCCUCCUUCAGGCCAGCAGAGCUACCCAGCAGGCCAUAGGGUCUACCUGGGGGCCUCUCUGGGGGCACUGGACCCAAGUCAGGUUGUUCCCCUAGCCACUAUCACCCAGGAAGCCCAGUUUCUGGGGCAUGUGUUUGAGCUCCUGAUCAAAGGAGGUCUUGGAAAAACAAAGAGACUCUGUACUUUAAAUCCCUGCUCUCCAACCCAAUCAGAGUGCACAACAGUAAAGCAGAACAAAACAAAGGGCUGGAAAACACCCCUGAGAAUGUCCAAGGACAGGUGCUUGAGUCAGUGUCAGCCCCUGGGGCUGCCUUACCUCUCUGGGAGGACAGGUAGGGGCUGGAGGGUCAGUAGCCACCUCUCGACCCCCACAGGGAUACAUCUCGAGGCCAGCGUGCAGGGCAGACCUCAGAGACUUUCUCAGGUUACUGACUGAGGAGAGGCAGAGCCUUGUAGAGGAAGAGCCUGAGCAAAAUGUGCAACUUUUCCCCACCCAAUCUCUCAUAUUUUGGGGUCACAUUUUGCAUCUUCAUCCUGUUUUGCUCAGGGCCCGUAUUAUAAAGCCAAGUAAGUGGAAGCUAAGACUGUGGGGACUAGUAAAACCCACACAGACUCUACCAAUGGGGGCUGCAACCUCUGGAGCACAAAGGACACUGUAUACAGUAAAGGUGUCUGUUUUUUUUUUUUUUUUUUUCAGUAAAAAGAUGUUUUUAAAAGCUUCAGGCUAAACAAAAACAACAAACUUCAAAAUUCUUUCCCAACAAAAUUUCUUUUUGAAGAAUUGUUAGAACAACAGAAAAACGUGUCAGGUUUCUCUGCAUAAUAUUUGCAUUUAUGAGUACAAUAACAUUAUAUGUGUAAUGUAUAUUAUAAAUCUCAAAUGCCUCCAGUCACUUUAGGGCGUAGCUGUUGAAUUAUUAUCAAUAUUUAUAUUAUUUUUUUUUGGUGAAAGAUCACACUAAGAUAUUAUUUUUAUGUUCCAGUUAACAGUUUUUUCCUUGAUUUAUUUUGGUCUUGUCUCUGUACCAAAUAACUUCUUGCUUUAGGUAAAAAAAGUGUUUAGUUGUUGCUCUAUCCUCCAGUUCUUUCUUUUUUUUCUUAUUUGAACAUUGAAGGUAAAAUUGAUAUGCCAAUUUCAACUAUCUGUGAUACAGCUGGAAGCACUAAACUAUCUCUUAAGAGGUAGAGAUGCAUAUUUUGUAACAUUUUUAGGGCUUUUGUGGUUAAUUUUAAGGGUAACCUGUCUUUCUACAGGAAACAAGAGCUCACAGUAUAUACCAGAUGACUUUAUAAAAAUGUAGUCCACCAUGCCGCCAGUAUUAUUGUAAUGGUAAUGACUUACAAUAAAACAGAGACAGAGCCCAGCAUGUGUGGUGAUUGAGUAGAUUCAGCACACACAUUGUUUGGCUUCUUAGAGAUCAUUACUAGUCCUAUUGAGUGGCGGAAACAAAGAUUUGCCAGUCCUCUAGAAACACCCUGCAGGGAAUCGGGGAGCAAUGGAGAACAGAGCCAAGUUAGGACAUUAGGGCUGCUGGCCUUGGGGUACCAGACACCAGAGAGGAGAGGUAACAGGUCAGGCCUGACUGGGCUGAGUAUCUUGGCUGUGCACAGUGUAGACAGACAGAUGCUUGUGGGCUGGAGACUAACCUGGGCCACAGCACCUGAGCCCUGUAGCAGGCCCUGUAGAAGUGCUAAGUGCAUGGUCCUAAAGAUAUUUUCUCAGCCCCCUUUUAUAUACCUACCUUUCAAAGGUGGAGGAGGAAAUAGAGUCUAUUGAUGGUUCAACUGGCUGUCCAUCAGAAUUACCUAUUGAGCUUAAAACACACCUUGCCUGCUCCAUAUUUAGAUUAAGUACUUCUGGAAUAAGAAAAAGGAAUUUGCAUUUUAACCAAGUCCAUGUGCUUCUGAAGAGCAGUCAGGACUCUGUGUGACCCCACUUGGUUUUAUUCCUACUAGCAGUUUUAUAUGCUAAUAAAUGAGAAUAUACAAUGAUACAGAAUAUUUACUCCAAAAUAAAUU